AUGGGACCUGAAGAGAUUCCCUCUGAGGUAACCUCUGGAGAGAUCUCAGACGAGGACGAUAGAAAUAUCGUCAUAUGGGACGGACCCGACGAUCCGCAAAACCCUAUGAACUGGCCUGAUUCUAGAAAAUGGAUCAACUUGGCCUUGAUGUCGCUUUUGACUAUUAUUUCAAUCCUCGCAGAAUUCAAGACCAACGAUUCUCUCAUCGCAACCUUCAUCACAUCCAUCUACUUCCUUGGCUUCGCUUUUGGACCCCUGGUAGUAGCGCCUCUGAGCGAGCUUUAUGGACGUGUUUACAUAUACCACGUCAGCAACGUCUUGUUCGUUUCUUUCUGCGUGGGUGCUGCUCUGAGUACAAGCAUCGAUAUGCUCAUGGCAUUUCGCUUCUUGAUGGGUGUUGUUGGCUCAGUUCCCACAACAAUCGGUGUCGGUAGUAUCGUCGAUGUCAUGCCGAUCGAGAAACGGGGACGCUCAAUUUCGCUCUGGGCAAUUGGUCCUCUUCUGGGUCCUUCCAUCGGGCCUGUCGCGGGAGGAUAUUUGAUACAAGCUGCAGGCUGGCGCUGGGUCUAUUGGCUACUUGCGAUCUUGGGUGGUGUUUGUAGCAUCCUGGCACUGAUGAUUAUGCGGGAAACCUACGCCCCGGUCCUGCUAGAGCGCAAAGCACGCCGCCUACGAAAGGAAACCGGGAAUGAAGCUCUGCGCACAAAAGCUGACCGUGAUGGAAAGAGACUCAUACAGCGAGCCGUGAUCCGCCCAUUCAAGUUUCUCUUCAUGACACCAUUGGUCUCCAUUAUUGCCGCCUACGUCGGGGUCGCCUACGGAAUACUCUACUUGCUAAUUGCCACGUUCUCUUUUGUCUACACCGACCAGUAUCACUUCAGCGAAUGUGAUGCUGGCUUGGCGCUCUUACCAGCUGGGCUUGGCAUGAUGAUUGGUGUCUUGACUUUCGGCAACGUCCAAGAUUAUCUUGUCAAGAAGGCAAAAGAGGGAAAGAAGCCAGGCGAGAAGUAUAGGCCUGAAGUCAAAAUCACGCCUUGA